UAGAUUUCCAAGAUGGUGCUUGGGGAAGACGAAAUACCUGAACGUUUUGGAUCGGUGCGCCUUGUUGGGGGUGAAUCUUUGGUAUCUCACCGAACAGUGUUCAGCAGAGACUCCAAGAUCUUGUUUUGUUCUUGCGGCCGAAAGAUACGAGUGUACAGCACAUUAACGGGAUAUUUAUUGCGAGAACUGCAAGGACACGAGGGAAAAGUUACAGACUUUAAAAUCAACCCUAAAAAUCACUUACAGUUAAUUUCCUGUGCAGCAAGUGGAGAUGUUAUAUAUUGGGAUUACACAGAUGGACAGAUUAUCAAGAAAUACAGAUUUGAGGGUCCUUUAGUAGGAUUGAUUGUUCACUCGGCACACAAUGAAUCAGUCUUCUUGAUAAAACAAACCUCUUGUAAAGGUAAGAAGAGAAAAUCAAAGGAAGAAAAGAAAAAAAAGCUUGUUGAAUCAGAAGAGUACAGCUUGUCAGUAUACAAUCCAAGAAAGUGUAAAAAAUUUGACAAACCAAAGUUGAGAGUGUUACUUUACAAAUCAGGCAACUCCAAACAGACUACACUGAGUGGUGAUGGCAACUUAUUAGCAACUGUGAAAGAGAAUGAACUACACUUGUGGAAUUUUCUCUCUGGAAAAUUAAAUAUGUUUUCAUACAAACGCACACAGUUUACAUGUGCAACCUUUCAUCCCGUAGAAGCUUGUGUAGCUACUGGUGGAUGUGGAAGUGGGGAGAUUAUUUUAUGGCAAGGUUUGGAUCAGUUAGUAAGUCCUGCUACUUCAGUUCUUCAUUGGCAUCCUAAUCCUGUUUCUGAUAUGAUUUUUUCUCACGAUGGUUCUAACAUGUUUUCUGGUGGAGAGGAAGGUGUUCUGGUGUUGUGGCAGUACAAGACAGAUCAUCAAGUCUUUCUUCCCAGGUUAAGCACUCCCAUAAACCACCUUGCUAUCAGUCCAGAUGACUCAUUGACAGCUGUCAGUCAAAGAGAAAAUGUUAUUAGAUUGGUGAACAAUAUUGAGUGGAAGAUUAAGCGAACCAUUCAGGGAUUAAGACAAAUUGAUAAUCUUUUUGCUGGGAUUGUUUAUGAUCCUCGCUCAAAAGCCCUAGUGACUAGCAACAAGCCUGGUGUUAUACAGUUUUAUCUUCCACAAAGUGAUCAUCAUGCCUUUUCUCUUGAUGUUGUAAGACAGAACAUUAUUGUAAAGACAAAGAAGGAGCAGGUUGUUUGUACCAAGAUUGAUCAAGUGGCAUUCAAUGAUAAUGGAAGCUGGUUGGCAACAGUAGAAAGAAGAGACGACAAGAAAAAUGCAAUGGAAUUGAGACUCAAAUUCUGGGAAUACAGCCAAAGGGAUCAGUGUUAUGUUACAAACACCUGUGUCGAUCCACCUCAUGAUCAGAAGAUUGUAGCUGUUCAGUUUCAACCACAGAAGGAAAGAGAUGAAAGCUCAUCUCCUCUUGCCAUGACUGCUGGAAGUGAUGGAAAGUUUAAGAUAUGGGUUCUUGCUGAGGAAAGAGAUAUAAAAGGAAAGGAAUACUCUUGGUCUUGUCAAUCAGUUGGUUACUAUGGUGACAAACCUUGCCAAGAUGCAGCCUUCUCUGGGGAUGGAUCUCUGGUAGCAGUGGCUUAUGAUAAGGUUAUCACCCUAUGGACCCCAACUACAAAUGAACUGAGGAAGACUCUGGCCCUACCCUACCCUGAUGAGGAGAUCAAGUGGAUCAAGUUUGGACAUAACAGCUCUUCUCAGUACCUGGUCUCCAUCACUAAUCGAUAUCUAACUGUGUGGAAUCUUCUCUCCUGCACAGUUUGGUGGAGUGUGGAAGCCCCUGUGACGUGUUUAUUGUCUGAUCCACAAACAAACCUGAUUUGUGUUUUCGUUUCAUUCAACAAGAACAAAUCACACUUGUACGUUUUCGACCCAGCCUCCCCUCAUCCUGUAGCUGUUCAAUCUUCUGUGUCCAGGAAGUCGGAUGUGGUGUCAGCGGCUUUCGACAGGGAAAGCAUGUUAUACAGCAAUAAAAGUGGGAAAUCAUUCAAAAUGUCGAAACUUUACUUCUUGAAUCAGGAACAGAAACUGUUCACAUUGGAUUUUGGUGAAUCAGGAGAUACAAAGAGUCGGGUCAAGCCACAGGAAUCAGCUGCAGGUUCAGAACAGCAGACUGAAUUCUACAAGAUCUUCGGACAGUCAACUAAAAGUAGAGCGGAGUCCACUUCAGAUCAUCGCGUAGGUAAAGGUAUCAGAGGGGGGACUCCAUCAUGUGCUGUGAUCAGACAGAUGCUGCAGACCCCUUCUCAUGUUCUUCCUUCAGUUACCGCUCUGUGCUCAUCAUUUCUGCAAUCACUACUGGUCAGCAAGCAAUCCGCGCCAAGGGAAGAUCAAGAUAAUUUCAAGAACAGUGAAAGUGAAAACGAUGAUGAAAGUAUGAAUGAAGAUGAAGACAGCGACGUAGAAACAACGCGGGUUGCCGAAGGAGCUUCAAGGCAAGUUCAUGACUCUUCGAUAGAAACAACAAAAAGUGCUGUUUUGCAAAGCAGGCGACUCAGUUCCGGAGAACAUAAUGCUGCUCUCGACAGUGUGAAUUUUACCUGGCUUAAAGAAUACUUUGCCUCCUCUUGAAUAAACUUUGUUACUGGUGCAAUGAAA